AUUGACAUUCCGCAAACUCGAACGCCCUGAUCUUGUUCAGAAAACCCCUCGGGAGUACAUUCUACGCUGCAACACCGAUACUCGAACCCAGGUCACGAAUAAGACAAAGUGCACUGACAUCUUGUUACCUAAAUACGCUCAGGGGCGUGGGGCUGUAUUCCUACCCGUGGCAGGGGAUCGUGGUGGACACGUCUCAGUAGUUGUCGAGCGAGGUAUGAAGGGCGUGGUUGGUUGGAAUGUUUCCUCCCUCGCUGCAACGAAGGGACCAAGCGGCAAUGUAAAUAGCCAGCAAUCGCCCUGCACCCAAUUAUAAACUAGAUAUGUCUCCAUCGACGUCAUGGUUUCGACUUUGAGAAUAGCGGCGGCGAGGACCCUGAAGGGCGGCAUCGAAUAUGCUCGCGGCGUCAGGGGGCGCCGGCGGACGGCAAUUGCGCUGGCCUUUGCAUGCGCCUGUGUCAUUCUGCUUUAUAACAGCGAUUCCCGGAGGCAACAGGAAAACGCAAACGCGGAACCACGCGGGUCUCAGCACUUGCUAAGCACUAUGAGCAGUUGGUGGCAGUCGGUCAACUAUCCAGGCUCCGACAACGCGGCGGCGGGCUCGGCGGCGGCGGCGGCAGUGGACCACGAGUACUCAGUGAAGCCAAUCGCAUACGUGUUCCCGCAGUUCCACGCCAUCCCCGAGAACGACGAGUUCUGGGGCGUCAACUUCACCGAGUGGACAAAUGUGCGAAAGGUGACCAAGAACGCGUGGGGGAUCGAGGUCCAGCAGCCGACGGACGAGGUCGGCUACUACAACUUGCUCGACCACUCGACGCGCUGGAGCUAUGCGCAGCACGCGCGCGACUCGGGCCUCUACGGUUUUGUCUACCACCAUUACUGGUUCGGCCGGCCGGUCAUGGAGAAGGUGCUGACCGCCAUGCUGGAGGACGGGCAGCCCGACAUGCCGUUCAUGCUGAGCUGGGCGAACGAGCCGUGGACGGCGCGGUGGGACGGGAACGACAACAGCAAGGUCCUGCUGAAGCAGACGUACGGCGGCGUCGACGCGUGGCGCGAGCACUUUGAGUGGCUGCUGCCCUUCUUCCGGCACCCGAACCAGAUCCGCGUCAACGGCAAGGUGCAGUUCGCCGUGUACAACGGCGGCCACAUGGGCGACGUCGGCAAGCGCAUGUACAGCGCGUGGAGGAAGUGGGCCGUCGACGAGGGGCUGGGCGGGCUCGACAUCAUCGAGACGCGCAUUGCGCCCGACAACCCCGAGGACCGCGGCCUGACCGACGCCGUCAACGAGUUCGGCUUCCGCUCCGGCGGCGCCCACGACGGCACCGCCUGGGCGUCCAUCAACCGCCUUGGACGUGUCUACCACCGAGGUGCAGCCGUCUCUUGGGAUAACACGCCCCGCCAUGCCCAGGACGGCGGUGCCUCGGCCAACAUCUUUGCCCAUCCAAGCUUGUGGAAGUUCCAUAUCCUCAGCCUGAUCCGCCGCAUCAAGCUCGACCCCAACCCGCGCGGCGAGGAAAACUUCCUCUUCAUCAACGCCUUCAACGAGUGGGGCGAGGGCAACGUGCUGGAGCCGUCCAAGCAAUGGAGCAACGGCUUCAGCGCGGCGCUGCGCUCGGCCGUGGCCCUAUCGCACACACUGCCGUGGAAAGACGAGCUGAUCGCGCAAGCCGAGGCCCUCGCGCGCCGGCACGCCAUCGCCACCACCCCCGCCCCGGCCCCUGCCACACCUCACCCCCACCGUCACGACAUCGACGUGUGCGUCGUCGUCCGCACCUUCGCGUCAGACUGGCAGUUCUCCGAGCCGUUCGGCCUGUCGGACCUGCUGCGCAGCCUGGGCGGGCAGACGAACCCGCGGUGGCGCGCCGUGGUGGUGCGCGGCUCGGCCGCCGCCGAUGCGCGCAUCGUCAAGAGCCACGUGCUGGACGCGUACGAUCCGCGCGUCGCCUUCGUCGACGACGACGUGCCUCGGGAAGUCCUGACGCAGGGCGCCAACACGGCUGGUGAUCCCGCCGAGUGGGCCGUGGCGGACUGGGUCCUGGCACACCUCGGCGAGCUGGCUGCGCAGGGGCUCACCGACUGCGGGCUCGCGCGCUAUGUCGUCGUUGCAAAUUCCAAUGACACCUAUGUGCCGGGCGCGUUAGAGGCUGUCGCUGCGCCAAAUGCCAGCGACAUCGUCGGCCUAAGCUUCGAGACGACGGACACGCUCCGCGCGGUCGAGGAGGGCGAGAAUGGUGCCGUUGCCCCGGAUGGUAGUGGCCGAGGUAUUCCGUGGCACGAGCGGUGCACGCGGCUGCGCGAAGAGCGCGUCGUCGUCUGCGUGCCCGCCGCGCCAGCCACCAGCCCGUCCCUCCUCAAAGCCGGGGCGGUCCUGGUAAACCUAGCCAAGCUCACGGCGGGCGGACACGCUUCUUUUGGCAGCAAAGGCGCCGCCGGGACCCUGCAGGACCUCGUCGCGGCUGGCUGGUCGUGGACCGUCGCUGCGCCGCCGGAAAGCAGCACCACCGCGACCGCGUGCCAGCUGGUCCAGUCGGGCUCGUAUCGCUCGUGCAUCCGGUCGGGGCGCUUCUGGCUCGACGUCCCGAGCGCGUCGCCCAGGUAUACCGCUGGCUGCUACAGCUUGAGCGGCAUUACGGCCAGGCACGGCUUCGACACGUCGCAGUGGGACAUGGAGGGUUGGAGGGCGGAUCCGUUUUGUCUGAGGCUGUCGGAGAAGGCGUAUUCGGAGUGA